AUGCUCGCCUCACGAUCAGCCACCAGGCUCUCGACCCGCUUCGUCUGCUCACAAUGCCGCGCCUUCAGCUCGAGCAGAAGAACACUGGCCGAAGCACAAGCCGCCGAGAUCAAGAAGCUGGGUGUAGUGGGAGCUGGGCAGAUGGGUCUCGGCAUAGCAUUGGUAGCAUCGCGCAUGGCUCAAGUCCCCGUCACCAUCGUCGAUAAUUCGCAGAAGAGUUUAGACAAAGGUCUUGCAUUCGCAGACAAACUCCUCGCAAAGGACGUCUCCAAAUCCCGCCUCACCCAAUCCGACGCCGACUCCACUCGCUCCCGCCUCACAACCACCACCUCCAUGGACGACCUCGGAGACGUCGACAUGAUCAUCGAAGCCGUGCCCGAAAUCGUCUCCCUCAAACAAUCCAUCUUCGCCCAACUCGCCCAGGUCGCACCCUCCCACGCCGUCCUCGCCACCAACACCUCCUCGAUAAGUAUAACCCUCAUCGCCCGCGCCACGACAACCGACCCCACGGACCUAUCAGCCGCCAGUCGGGUCAUAAGCACGCACUUCAUGAACCCCGUGCCUGUCCAGAAAGGCGUGGAGAUAAUAAGUGGUCUCCAGACCUCCCCCGAGACCCUAGCCACAGCGCUGGCAUUCUGCACCCGCAUGGGCAAAAUCCCCUCCGUCUCCGCCGACUCCCCGGGGUUCCUCGCAAACCGCAUCCUCAUGCCCUAUAUAAACGAAGCCAUCAUCUGCCUCGAAACCGGCGUGGGCGCGGAAAAAGACAUCGACGACAUCAUGAAGAAUGGAACCAAUGUUCCCAUGGGUCCGCUAGCGUUGGCAGAUUUUAUUGGUCUGGAUACUUGUCUCAGUAUCAUGGAGGUUCUGCACCAGCAGUUGGGCGAUAGCAAGUACAGGCCUGCGGUGCGGUUGCGGAAUAUGGUUGCGGCGGGGUGGGUGGGGAAGAAGGUGGGAAGGGGGUUUUAUACUUAUUGA